CGUUCCAUUCGUCUCCUCCCAUCCUCUCCAAAGUCCAAAGUCUCGUACAACCUGCGUGGGCCAGCGAAAGCUGCGAGCUUGUGCUGGUUCGUGUAGACAGUGAGCUAGUCCUGGAGGGGGAUGGAGGUGGCCGGAGCGGAAGGGAGGAGGCCGGUGGGCAGGGUGGAGGCGAGCCCGGAGCGGGGCAGGCCGGCGUACGCGUCGUCUGUGAGGCCGGCGCCGGCGAGGCCCAUGAGGAAGGUGCAGAUCAUCUACUACCUCUGCAGGAAUGGGCAGCUGGAGCACCCACACUUCAUGGAGCUCGCGCAGCAUCCCCACCAGCCCCUUCGCCUCAAAGAUGUGAUGGAUAGGCUCACGCUGCUGAGGGGCAAAGGCAUGCCGGCUCUCUUCUCAUGGUCUUGCAAGAGGAACUACAAGAACGGGUACGUGUGGAACGACCUGUCGGAGAACGACGUGAUCUACCCUUCGGACGGCGUGGAGUACGUGCUCAAGGGCUCUGAGAUCUUCCCUGGCUGCUCUUCCGAUCGGUUUCAGCACCUCCGGGUGACCGAUAGGUCUCCGACGAAGCCCCUGGCUCUCCCCCACAGCCACAAGCAGUACAUGGACAGCUACCGAGACGACGCCGUAGAAGAUCCUGAAGACGACGAGCUGGGGUACCAGUACCACCGUCGACCCGGGGCAGCUCGGCUCGCCAGGCCCGACAAACCCGUCUCGGCUCGCACCAACCGGGGCCGCCCCGUGGAGCUGCCCGUCGAGGAGACCUCGCCGCCGUCCUCGACCUCCUCGGACAAGCCACCCCCGGCCAUCCAGCAGCCGGGCCGGGCUGAUCAGGAGCCCGAGCCGAACCGUCCCGGCUCUAUGCUUCUGCAGCUCAUCGCGUGCGGGUCGACGGCAGCCACCGGCGGCUCGGGGCCGAGGCUGAGCUGCGGCCUGGUGAGCCGGCUCUCGUCCCGCGCCGGCGUGGACGAGGAGGAGGCGGCGGGCGGCGAGCUGAGCCGGCGGUUCGGGCACCUGGCGGUGGAGGACAAGGAGUACUUCAGCGGGAGCAUCGUGGAGGGCAGCGGCGGCAGGGGCACGCCGCUGCCGGCGUCGUCGCACAAACGGUCCAACUCUUACAACGAGGAAAGGAGCUCGAGGCUUGGCGUCGGUGCGAUCGGUGGGGAGAGAGUGGAUGAGCAGACGGAAGGCGAUGAAGGGAUCAGGGGAAGAUGCAUCCCGGGCAGGAAGAAGCAGCAACCGCAGAAGUAGCCCCUGUGCGUUGGUCAGAUUUGCAUGGACUAAACAUCUAGUAGCUAGCUCUACCCGUGACACAAAACUUGAUCGAACACUGGUGUGUUUAGCAUCUUUAUAGUAUCCGUUAUGGUCAGGGCAUGCGAGCUGUUUAUUAGGGAGUACUAUACUACUAGGUAGCAGUAGACUAGCUGAUGGCCAGUUUAAUCGAUGCUGGAUUCAUUUC